AUCCAUGGGAAGGCCGGGCAAGCUUUGAGCAACGCCAGCAGCCCACAGAGCCCCGUCUGCGAGCCUCCGCGUUUGGCUGCUCUCGCUCUUCUGCCUUAAACGCAGCUCCUCUUGCAGCAGAGAGGGGCCAAGAGGGAAUCACUCCGGGGCUCAGCAGCUGCCGGGGCAGAGAAGGACCAGAGGAAACCCUCGCUCCUGGCGGCUGCUGCUUCCUCACGGCCGCCCUCCCGCCUCACAUGCCAUCAUAGCAACAAAGAGCACGCUGAGCAGCGGGCGGAGAGGCUCCGGGCUGCAGGCUCCGCGAGCCCGAACGACGGCGGGGGACCAUGGCUAGGAAGGUUGAUGCCUCCCCCUACGGUGAACCAAGGAAAUUUGACCCAAAGUUCAGAGGACCUAUUCACAACAGGUAUUGUACAGAUGUUCUCUGCUGUGCCAUCUUUGUAUUGGUCAUAUUGGGUUACAUUGCUUUAGGAAUUGUGGCUUGGGUGCAUGGUGACCCCAGAAAAGUGGCUUACCCCACUGACAGCUAUGGACAGUUCUGUGGUCAAAAAGGCACACCUAAUGAGAACAAGACAAUUUUGUUUUACUUUAACAUUCUGAAAUGUGCCAGCCCACUGGUGCUUAUAAACCUACAGUGCCCUACAACACAGCUUUGUGUCUCAAAGUGCCCAGACAGGUUUGCAACCUACAUAGACAUGCAAUCUUCAUACCGAUAUAACAAAAGUUAUUGGGAGUAUUACAGACAGUUUUGCAAGCCUGGUUUUAAUAAACCAUGGAAGUCUGUGGCCCAAGUUAUGCGUGAUGAAGAUUGUCCUUCCAUGCUCAUUCCAAGUCGGUCAUUUCUUAAGAGAUGUUUUCCUGAUUUCUUCACAAAAAAUGGUGUUCUGACUGUGGCCAAUCGAACUACUUUCAUUGAUGGAAGAGGAAAAAUAAGAAAUGUAACUGAUCUCAGGGAAGCUGCAAAUGGCAUCAAUAACGUACUUGAUGCAAGAUCAGUUGGAAUGAAAAUUUUUGAAGACUAUGCCAGUUCUUGGUAUUGGAUUUUAAUAGGUUUGUUUAUUGCAAUGGUUGUCAGCUUGCUCUUCCUUAUUCUUCUGAGAUUCAUAGCAGGAGUACUGUUUUGGAUUUUCAUCUUUGGUGUGAUUGGGAUUAUAGGAUAUGGUAUCUGGCAUUGCUACUGGGAAUAUCACCAUCUUCAUGGCAUACCUGGCUCUGACCUCAGCAUCUAUGAUAUUGGAUUCCAGACAGACUUCAGAGUGUAUCUUCAACUGAGGCAAACAUGGUUAGCAUUUAUGAUAUUACUUUGCAUAGUGGAAGUUGUCAUUAUACUGAUGUUAAUAUUUCUGAGAAAUCGAAUCCGGAUAGCUAUUGCACUUUUAAAGGAAGGUAGUAGGGCCAUUGGCUAUAUCAUGUCUACAUUAUUCUACCCAAUCAUUACUUUCAUUCUUAUUGCAAUCUGCAUUUCCUAUUGGGCAGUGACUGCUGUCUUCCUGGCUACAUCUGGAGAACCAGUUUACAAGGUCAUGGCUAAUCAAACUCUGUGCAAGUAUGCAAAUCUCACUUGUUACCCAGAGACUUUCAACACGACGAAUGUGACCAAGCUGUGUCCAGGGGCCCAGUGUACAUUUGCUUUCUAUGGUGGAGAAAGCCUAUACCACAGAUACAUCUUUGUUUUUCAGUUCUGCAAUAUAUUUGUAUUUCUCUGGCUAGUAAAUUUUGCAAUUGCACUGGGUCAAUGUACCCUUGCAGGUGCCUUUGCCUCUUACUACUGGGCCUUCAGAAAACAUGCAGACAUUCCGCCAUGCCCAUUGUUUGCUUCAUUUGGACGAGCAAUAAGGUAUCAUACAGGCUCCCUAGCAUUUGGCUCCUUAAUUCUUGCAGUAGUCCAACUGAUCCGAGUAAUUUUGGAAUAUUUGGACCACAAACUGAAAGGGUCACAGAAUGCCUUCGCUAAGUUCUUGCUUUGCUGCUUCAAAUGCUGUUUUUGGUGCUUGGAAAAAUUUCUUAAGUUUAUCAACAGAAAUGCCUACAUCAUGAUUGCAAUAUAUGGUAAAAACUUCUGUGCAUCAGCAAAGGAAGCUUUCUUUCUACUCAUGAGAAACGUGGUUAGGGUUGCCGUGCUGGAUAAAGUGACCGACUUCUUACUAUUCCUGGGGAAAAUUCUUGUUGCUGGAAGUGUGGGUGUUCUAGCCUUCUUUUUCUUCACACAUAGGAUACCAGGAUUCACACAAGAAGCACCAUCUCUGAAUUAUUAUUGGGUACCUCUCCUGACAGUCAUUAUAGGCUCUUACCUAGUUGCACAUGGAUUCUUCAGCGUCUAUGCAAUGUGUGUUGAUACACUUUUCCUAUGUUUUUGUGAAGAUUUGGAAAGGAAUGAUGGAUCUACAGCAAAACCCUACUACAUGUCAGCCAGUCUUCACCGAAUUCUGGGGAAGAAAGAACUGAGUCCUAAGAACUUAAUGGGAUAAUGUUUAAAAAAAUACUCAUGAACAUGGCUGUGGUGUCAAUUUUAAAGAAGGGGGACACACAAGAUGCAUAUAAUUGGGACAAAACAUUUUUUAAAGUGUAAAUUAUGCUUCUGGCUAAUGAAUUAUUUGAGGUUUUUUAAUACUGUCUUUAAAAAUGAACAAAUGGGCAGCAUUUAAACUAAACCUUUAACAGCUGUGAAAAAAGGCUGCAUUGUUUUUAUAGAGUGCCUAUGAAAAAUGUAAAUGUGAAACAUUUUUAUCAUUAGCACUUAGUGUUUUAAUAACUUUUCUAACUCAAGAUUUUGCUGUUUGAAAUGACAGCCAUUUUGAUAACUUUUUAUAGGUGUAUAUUUGUAAAGGAUAUUCAGGCAUUUUUUUGAAAGCACUAUGGUAUAUCCUAAUUAGCCAUAAAAAAACCUGAACACACUAUAGGUAACCAGCAGGUAGUCUAAAUUUGUAAUUAUGGUGCUAUGGCUGUAUUUUUACCAUACAAGCUGGUUGACAGUUAUUUAAAACUGUGAUUAAAAAUGUAUUACUGAUUUCCUAUGAAGAAGGGUAUACUACAGUGUCAGCCACCUCUACACAAACUGUAGAUGCUGCAGAAGAAAGCAUUAGUAUCAUACUGGUUUAGUUCAAAGAGGGUGAUGAAAAGAGUACAGCUAAUUGUUGAAAUUGCUGAGAACAGAGUCACAUUAUUAAUAAUAAACAAUUUAAGAGGAUUGCUGUGCCAGAAAUAUCCGAGAGGCUUCACAAGAGCCUCAGUAUUCAAUCCGAUGCAAUACAAAAUCUUCAUGUUUGUUUGUGUGGGGUUCCACCCAAUGGUGGGAUUAAAAUAAUUUAACAAUCGGUUCCAGUGGUGGAAUUCAAAUAAUUUAACUACUGGUUGUUUACAAGCACCAUUUUAACAACCGGUUCUGCUGAAGUGGUGCGAACCUGCUGAAUCUCACCACUGGUUCCGGCUCCCCAGGGCCCCGACUGGGGCUCAAAUCCGUUCCUCCUGUCCCUUCACGUGUGUUGUUAGUCUCGUCCUCGCCCCUGGUUGUCGUGGGAUGGUGCAAGUCUGUUAAUCACCUGAGCCACAGGGUUACUACUUAGAUGACUGCCCCUGUCACCCCGACCCUCCACUCUUGCCAACAAUCCCUUUUCUAUCUUUUUUUGGGAGGACUCCCUGUGAAUUCUGGAGCAGGUUCUAGAUCUUAGGCUCUCUGUUCUUUAUUUCCCUCCUUCGCCUUUCUUCCUUCUUCCAACCUCCUUCCUUUCCCCUCCUCUUCACCCUUCUCCUUCUCACCCUUCUCAUCCACAUUCUGUCCUCUUCCCUUUUAAGCUCUCCCCUUCUGCCAAUCACCCCCCCUCUACCAAUCCCCAAGUGCUUUUCUUUUCCAUCUUCUAGUUCAUUCCACCUAUGGCAGUCAUGCUUCACCUUUGACCCUGCCUCCUUGGUCAGAGUUGGCGCCAGGUCUUCUGGGCACUGCCUCCGCCCUCCUACUGGGGUUGGGAGCUUGAGCAGGCUCACCUGGCUCUGGCUCCACUGCUCGCAGCCCUGUGUCCCCCACAGUUGGCGAGCCCAUCCCCCGGCCUCUCACAGAAUGCCCAGGAGACUGGGUUCUCCUGCCGCUGUGGCGACUUCUCGGAGCCGUCUCCCGCCUUCUCCUGGGGCCACUAGCGUAUCCCGUGGCUGGCAUCCCUCGCUGCCUUGCUGGGUCUCCUUCUCCUUGGCUCACCUCGGCUCCCAGCGUCCAGGUGAGCCCGGGGAGGGGUGGUUCCCCUCCCUGUGGGUUGGUGUGUGGGGCAAGUCCGGGGCUGGGGUUGGACCUGACCCAGCCAACCCUGGACAAUUUGAGACAGCUCUUACUGGUUAUAUGUUAUGUUUAAUGUUCUACAUAGUAAAUCUGGUUGAACUUGGCUCAUGACACCAAAUUUGGUUUCAUUUUAAACAUUCAGAAUGAAGAGUGCAGUACCUAUUUGUAAAAGCCACAAAACAUUGGGUUGGAUUGUACAGUUGCAUGAAAAGGAGGCUUUUCUUGCCUAUCCCUUCACACCAUCCUCUUCUGACCCCUGAAAGGCAUCUAGGAUCAUUGUGCCCCUUGAACAAAAGGCCACAUGGCAGAGGAGUUGCCGGAAACAUGGGGAAUUAUACUGUUCUUUUGCUGUUUGUACCAGCAGAAUACAUAGUAGAGAAAGCAUAGCAAGGUGUGCUGUAAGAGGGUCAUCUCAAUCCAGAUGAGGGGAGCUCCAUAGCAACUGGGGACAAUGUGGGUUGGGAGAUGCAACAAGCAGCAGAGGGAAGAACCCUGCUGCCACCUGGAAAACUCCAUUAAAAUGUUAUUUAUGACAUGUGUUUUCUUGGAGUAAGUUACAGGCUUGAGCCAGAUGCACUCCCAGGCCAAAAACCUGGUGGAAGCUGAUUACUGUUGGUUCCACCCCUGGGAAUGCCCCUAGCCUGCCCCCAGCCACACUGGCAUCCUCUUUUACACUGACACAACUCUGGGGGCAGAAGCCUCCUCUGGAUCAGGUUCUGCACAGCUCCACAGUGCCUUCCUGUCACCCUGUUUGCCCUCCUUGCCACCAUAGGUUCCACUUCAGCCUGUAGGGUGUCCAAAUGCAUAGGCUAAACAGGAGGAGAGAAUGGUGUGAUGAGCUACUUUAGGUCCCUAUAGCAGUGAAUGGCAGGGUAUAAAUAACAAUUAAUAAAUAAGAGCUUAUGUUCAUGGGCUUUGUUUACAUGGGAGUCCCUUGAAAUCCAGAUAGUGGUCACAACUACUAUGGGAACAGAAAAGUAGGAAGAAUCUACUACCUUCUAUUUGCACAACUUUUGGAUGCAUCCUUUUGUAUUACAACUGCUGUCCUAACCUACUUGCAUUAACAGUGAAACUGAUUUUGAAAUAUCUGCUACAAUGUUGAGACAUGAUCACAUAGCGAAUUUCCAUUAUCAACUAUGAAAGGCAAAGGGCCAAUAAAGUCAAGGUGUUUUAUAACCAGGAAGGGAAAAGCUUUAACUGAGGAAAGAUUAUAAAUACAUUGAAAGAAAUGUAGCCAGAUUUGUUUUACUGUAUGUGUUUGUUAGUGAAUGCUAAUUGAGGAACAGAAUCUUGUAAAACAUACUGUAAGUUUUGCUCCAAUGUAGCCUACCUUUUCACCAUUAAUUAUGAAACAGUUGUACGCCUUGGCUGAAUGGCAAGCAAAUGAUGCCUUCUGUUCUUUUGUUCCUGGUGAGGUUUUGAGGUGAGAGUGGUAUAUUGCUCUAAAAUAUAUUCUAAUUUUAUUUAUCCUGUGAACACUGUGGGUCAGCACUGAGGCAGAAUUGGCUACAUUUGCAGAGAGAAGAUUGAGAAUUUGUAUUAAAUGACUGGUUAUUUGCACUACGAAAGCAUAGUAUUUUUUUUAAAAUGAUUGAGCAAAAAGACAACUCUGUUAGCUCAAAAUCCCUCAAUGGGAAUCUUUCAAAAAUCUACUGCAGGCAAAUUGUUAAAACAUUACACAGCCAUAGAUGCUGCUGUCUUUACGCUAGGAUAAAGAGCCACUCCACUAGACAUCUCUUCUGGGCAACCUUCAGUAGGGCUAGCAUAAUGUCAGGUAGAUUUUUGUACUCUUCAGUUGCAAUUGUACAAACACUUGAAUGGAAAUGAGUACAGUUGAAUAACUGGAGUAAAUUUAUGUUGAAUUGAAAUGUUUUGUACUCUGGGGUCUUUGGGAAAAUUCUAGACCCAAAAUAUAUUUAAGGGUUUGGUAUGCAAUCAACUAAAAUUGUGUAUUUUUAAAUAUAAUGUAGGUUCUCAUCAGAUGGAUGUAUCUGAAGCAUUUAAUAAGAUGAGGACAUAAUAAAAACAAUACAAACUGUCACUAGAUUCAUAAGUUUCAGGGUAACUUUUUUGGGAACAGAUUGCUGGGUCUUAACUUCAUACCCAGCACACUGCAGAUGGUAGUAAUGCCAUCCUUUACCAUUCUUAGAAAAGGUCCAAACAUACUGGAUCCCACCCCAGUUUGAGGUAUCAGUGAAUGGUUCUGGAAGCAGAUGCACAUUUCUAUCCCAUCAGCAGGGCUUCCAUGAGUGUUGAGAUGUGUUGACCAGGAAUGCAGAUAUUAGAAGGUUUCUUAUACUUGCAGAUCUUUUUGCACCAGUAGGAUUCAAUCCAGCAGUGAGUUUAACUACAUUCUUAGACAUAAAUGCACUUAAUUGUGCUGGCUUGUGUCCUUCAGACAAUCUUCUGGUGGGACUCAGUGAUCACUCCCAUUGACCUCAUUGCAGAAGAAUUGCAGUCUGAUCAUAUGAUUUGAUGCACCACCAUAUAAAUACUUUGGAUUGGAUGUCCCAGCUGCUAUACCAGGAAUAUCUCCCUGAAUAUACCAUAAUGCAGACAUUACUAGGAUCCGUGUCAAGUGUCACUGACAAAUGUUUUUGAAGAAAUCAUUCUGCAGCCAUUUUCUUAAAUAAUUGCGCAACUGAGAAAACUGUGAAAAUGCACAGCAAUAGCACUGAAAUUUGGCAGUAAUUCAGCAUACAAUAAAUUUGUUGAAAGAGUAAACUUGGUAGAAAAGCAAAAUUCCUGAAUAUCUUUCUCAGAAAGCAUUAAUGUGCAAACUAGGUAAUAACUUAUUUUUUGAAAGACAAAUACUUUUCAACUUGAUUGUGUUUCUUAAUCCUUGGGCCAAAAUUCAGCUGUUUAUUAUAAAUGUUGGUUUUAUGUGUAAUGUGCUUUAACAUAAAGCUAAAGCUUAAUAAAAUGCACUUUGUCGCUUUAGAGAAGAUGAAUAUUAAACGAAUCAUUUUAUGGUGAGAUAAUACGUUUUAAAUAGGCUUUGAUCCUGCAUUCAUUCAAGCCAUUGGUAAGACAAAUAUCCCUUUGGAUGAACUGGUGCAGAAUCUUGGUCAAAAUAAUAAUAAAUCAUGACAAAGGGCUGAUUAUAUAGUAUUACAACUGUGUUUACACUAUAGUAAAUGCCAAAACAUCCAUUAUUGAAAAUGUACUGAGGCUGUUUUGCAGAAAGGGGCCAGAAGAUGGCAGGAUUGCUUUCCUACUGUUAUGGUUUUGCUCAUUGCUUUCUGCCAUUCUUCCUCCUAGUGGAAGAUUUAGAAACUCAGGAUGGCUCUGCUGAAAAACCUUAUUACAUGAGUAAAUCUCUGCUGAAGAUUCUGAACAAGCAGACUGAGCCAGCUAAGAGACAGUAGAGAAUGCACACGGUCCUAACCACCCAAUUGCGUUUGGUUCAAUGCAUUGCUUCUUCAAUACAGUGUUAAUGGUUGGCUUUUAUUUGCGCAUGUUUUAUACCAAAGCUAUUGUACAUGUGAAGCCAUCAAAAUUUGUAAUGACAUUGGGUUUUUUAAAAAAAAAUUCCAGCAAAAAGGGAACAUUUUUAUACUGAGAUUUUGUUUUACUUUCAUUCUUGUUGCUUGGAUAUUUUGGAGUGAAGGAGUGCAUUUAACAUGCUGGCUUUUUAUGUUGUAGAAGAUAAGAUGUGACAUGUUUUACUAUUGCAAAUCCAGGACAGAUGUCAGAAAACACAGCGUGAGAGUUUCUUGAGAAAGAAAAUCAUUUACUGUCCAUGUCCGUAUGUCAUAGAAUACAUAAAUGUCUCUUGAUUCUGUUAAUGAUCUCGUCAGUCCCUUUGCCUGUGCAGCCGUGUGCUCUAUGAUCAAGUGCCUUACUGGCUAUUGGUAUUAACUAGCUUAUGUUCUCAAGUUUACAAGCACCAUUUGACCCAUAAAGCAACCAUUGCUUGAUAAGAAAUAUGAAACCCUUUGUUUACUUGAAAUGUAGGUAAAAUACUUUCAGUAUCCACCAUUUCCUAAUGUUUUACUAUAAUGUUCUUGAAAAAUAAAGCAGUCGAGAAUUUAUAGCUUUGUAAAAA